AUGUGGAACUCGAUUAAUGGCAUCUUGAAACGUGAUAAAAAGUCCUCCUCUCCAAGAUCAAUAAAAGAGGAUGGUGUCGAGAUCAAGGACUCACAUGGGAUAGCUGAAUCUUUCUGUAGGUAUUUUGCUAAUAUUACAUCUGAAUUUAUGGUUAAAACACCUAUACCUAAAACAAGCUUUCAUAAACUAAAGAAAUUUAUCGAGUCCAAAUGUUUAAGUGACACUAAGUUCAGUAUUCCAACGGUUGACAUAGACUUUGUGAAGAGCCAACUGCUUAAAUUUGAGACGAAUGCAGCUGUCGGUCUUGAUUAUCUGGGAGCCAAAAUUCUUGGUUGUGCUGCUCCAGUUAUAGCACCCCAUAUUACAAGAAUAAUUAACUUAAGUAUUUCAAUGUCUUCAGUGCCAUUAUGUUGGAAACGUGCCAGGGUCACGCCCAUAUUUAAAGGUGGAGAUUUUACGGACAGAUCCUGUUAUAGUCCCAUCUCAGUUCUACCUCUUUUAUCAAAAGUACUUGAAAGACAUGUCAGUGAGAAAUUAUAUUCUUAUUUAACAGUUAACCAGCUAAUCUCCAACAAUCAAUCAGGAUUCCGCAAAAACCACUCAUGCCAAUCACUAUUAAUAAAACUACCUGACUUCUUGCUUCACAACAUGGACCAAGGGAAGUUUUCCGGCUUAACAAUGUUAGAUCUACGUAAAGCUUUUGAUCUUGUUGACCAUUCAUUACUGCUCCAGAAAUUGCACUUGUAUGGUUUGGAUGAUCAAGCAUUGUCUUGGUUUACUUCUUACCUCAAAGACAGAGAAUUUAAAGUGAAAAUCGAAAAUGAGCUUUCUUCUAAAGCAUCCAUUAAAUCAAGUGUACCGCAAGGGUCAAUUCUAGGGCCCUUGUUAUUUAUUAUCCAUAUGAAUGACCUUCCAUUACAUCUGAAUGGCACCCAAAUAGAUAUGUUUGCAGAUGAUUCUACUCAGUAUGUAUCUGGUUGUUCAGUCCAGGGUGUACAAGAACAACUCAGUACCGAAAUGUUACCAAUUAUACAAUGGACCGAAACGAAUAAAAUGGUUCCCAACGAACAGAAAACUAAGGCAAUGUUUAUAGCAUCAACCAAGAAAGUGUCUGAGAUCCCACAGGAUUUAAACAUCACUAUAAAUGAUUUCCAAAUUGAAACUGUGCUUGAUGGAAGAUUACUUGGUAUUCAGUUUGAUCAAACUUUGAGCUGGUCUGUGCAUAUCGGACUGUUGUGUAAAAAGAUAUCUCAAAGAUUAGGAAUAUUACGACGAAUACGUCACCAUCUGCCACUAAACGCUCGUAAAGCCUUCUACCGAUGUUUAAUUCUCUCCUUGAUGGAUUACUGUUGUGUGAUUUGGGGGAAUACAUCUACCCAAAACUUGGACAGACUUCAUCGGCUUCAAAAGAGAGCUGCCAGACUGAUUUUAGAUCGUGAUCAUAAGGCACCUUCACUGCCUUUAUUUUUGGAACUUGGAUGGCUUCCAGUUCACGAGAGAAUACGAUAUUUUCGUGCCAGUACAGUUUAUAAAGCGUUAAAUAAUCUAUCUCCAAGUUAUAUCACUAGUUUACUUUUACCAUUUAGCAAAGUACAUAAUGUAAAUACUCGCGGCUCCACAAAUAAUAACUUGAAGCUUCCAAAAGUAAACUCUAAUGCUGGCAAACGUACUUUUGUCUUCUUGGCAGCUAAUGAGUGGAAUCUAUUACCUGAUAGUGUGAGAUGCUCGACAUCAUUUUCCUCAUUUCGUAAAAACUACAUAAAUUUGGCCUUUUCCAAACUCAAGGAUAAUAUCUGA